UACGGGUUAUUUACUACAUCUCUGAUGACCUCCUCUCCGUCUUUUCACAGUGAAAUGUCAAAGGUUGAAAAAAAGCAUGUCGCUCAGCAUUGGCGACAGGUAUAAAUACCGUGAUCCUCCAGGCCCCCGGUCAGUUGGCUCGAACUGUUUCUGGAUACUGCACUUACUCACGCCUUGGACAUCUCGCGCCAAUGGUCUCUUUGCAAAUCCUCGCAUCUUUGGUCCUGUCCAGCUGCUGUCACGUGCUGUCCACAAUGGCAUGGUCAGUGAAUAAUUUCUUGAUGACCGGACCCAAGGCGUAUCUGACAUAUGCAAGCAGUGUGCAAAUAGGCGCCCAACGCGGCAUCGAAGAGUGCAAAUAUCAGUUUGCGUGGGACAGGUGGAACUGUCCAGAGAGUGAAUUGCAGUUAUCAACGCAAAAAGGACUAAGGAGUGCCACAAAAGAGACCGCUUUUUUGCACGCCAUAAGUGCAGCAGGAGUUAUGUACACGCUGACCAAAAACUGCAGCAUGGGGGACUUCGAUAACUGUGGGUGCGAUGACUCAAAAGCUGGCAAAACUGGAGGUCUGAGUUGGAUAUGGGGCGGCUGCAGUGACAACGUGGACUUUGGGGAAAACAUUUCCAAGCAGUUCGUAGACGCGCUGGAAAAUGGUCACGAUUCACGCGCUGCGGUGAAUUUGCACAACAACGAGGCGGGGAGACUCGCUGUCAAGGCAACGAUGAAGAGGUCGUGCAAGUGUCACGGCGUGUCCGGAAGCUGCAGCAUCCAAACAUGUUGGAUGCAGUUGUCCGACUUCAGGGACGUGGGAAACUAUCUGAAAAUCAAGCACGACCAGGCGCAAAAGCUCGAGAUGGACAAAAGGCGAAUGCGCGCGGGCAACAGCGCCGACAACCGCGGCGCGAUCGCGGACACCUUCAGCACAAUCGCGCGCACCGAGCUCGUGCACCUGGAGGACUCACCUAAUUACUGCGCGAGAAACCUGAGCCUCGGGCUGCACGGGACCGAGGGCAGGGAGUGUCUGCAGAGUGGGACGAACCUGUCCCGGUGGGAGAAGCGAAGCUGCAAGCGGCUGUGUCACGAGUGCGGCCUCAAAGUGGAGGAGAAGAAAAUCCAGACCGCCAGCAGCUGCAACUGCAGGUUCCACUGGUGCUGCACGGUCAAGUGUGAGCAGUGCACGCAAAUCGUGUCAAAGCACUUUUGUGCAAGGAGGAAAAAGAGCAGUCGGACGCACAACACUUCACGACGGAGACAUCGUACGCGCAGCGGAUGAUUUUCAUUACCCCCCGUUAAAUAUUAAUAUGUAUAUUUGUAAAUAUAUUUUAUUGCCGACAGUAUUUUGACGUGACACUGACAUCAGAAAAAAGUGAUAAACCUAGCCAACACAAAACCUGAAUCCUACCCUUUUCCAUUGUCGGUUGGAUAGACUGUUCAGUACUUCUGUUUUAAAUCUGCACUUUUUUGUUCAGAUCACCGGGUUUGUUUCUGACCAAAAUCGUCGUAAAUCGUGGUUCAUUCAUAAUGAACCUUCCUGUUUCGCUGACAGACAUUACUUGCUAGUGUUUAUUUCACAUGGGGCUAAAAUUUUUUUUCAAAAAAUAUAUCAGUGACAGUCAGUAUCAGUGACACCUUGUAUUCAUAAAUAUGAUUAAAUAAUAUGUAAUUUAUC